AUGUGUCUUGCCACACAACAGCUUUCGAAGCACCUCCUUGCCUAUGAAAAGCAGCAUUUUGCCUUGGGUAAAGGAGAUGAAGAAGUGAUAUCCACCCUUCAUUACUUUUCAAAAGUUGUGGAUGAGCUCAAUAUUCUUCAUUCUGAACUGGCAAAACAGCUUGCAGAUACAAUGGUUCUCCCAAUAAUACAAUUUCGGGAAAAGGAUCUCACAGAAGUAAGCACGUUGAAGGAUCUUUUUGGCCUUGCUAGCAAUGAACAUGACGUGUCCAUGGCAAAGUAUAGCAGGUUACCGAAAAGGAAAGAAAAUGAAAAGCUUAAGGCAGAAGUGGCAAAAGAAGUGGCAAAUGCAAGAAGAAAGCAGCACCUUUCAUCUCUGCAGUAUUACUGUGCCCUGAAUGCUCUGCAGUACAGGAAGAGAGUGGCAAUGAUGGAACCUAUGCUAGGAUAUACACGAGGACAGAUCAACUUUUUUAAGAAAGGAGCAGAGAUGUUUUCCAAAAGAAUGGACGGCUUUUUGUCAUCUGUUUCAGACAUGGUCCAAAGCAUACAGGGAGAGCUGGAUGCUGAAGCUGAAAAAAUGAGGGUAUCCCAGCAGGACUUAAUUGCAGUUAAUGAAUCUGUUUACACCCCAGAUUCUGAUGUAACUUCACCUGCUAUCAAUAGAAAUCUCAUCCAGAAGGCUGGCUACCUUAAUCUUAGAAAUAAAACAGGUCUGGUGACUACAACUUGGGAAAGACUGUACUUCUUCACUCAAGGUGGCAACUUGAUGUGUCAGCCCAGGGGAGCAGUAGCUGGAGGAUUGAUUCAGGACCUGGACAACUGCUCUGUUAUGGCUGUAGACUGCGAAGACAGAAGAUACUGCUUUCAGAUCACUACUCCUACAGGCAAAGCGGGUAUAACCCUUCAAGCAGAAAGCAAGAAAGAAUAUGAGGAGUGGAUAUGUGCCAUCAACAACAUCUCCAGACAGAUCUAUCUGACUGACAAUCCAGAGGCAGCUGCAAUCAAGUUAAAUCAGACAGCCCUACAAGCAGUGACUCCCAUUACCAGCUUGGGAAAAAAAACAGCAGUUCACCACCCCAGCCAGAAUGUAAAGAAUACGGAAAAUGAUAAAAUAAUUCCCAGUGAAUCAGCUGGCGUUCAAGACUCCACACAACUCAUUACUCCUGGAACACCGAUUCAAUUUGAUAUCGUACUGCCUGCCACAGAAUUCCUGGACCAGAACCGAGGUGGCAGGCGUGCAAACCCAUUUGGGGAGUCUGAAGACAGCAGCAAAGAUGGGGAGGAAGAUUCACUCUUGCAGCAGAUGUUCGUAGUUCGGUUUUUAGGAUCUAUGGCCGUUCAGUCAGAUGACACAAGUGAGGUGAUUUAUGAAGCUAUGAGACAAGUGUUAGCUGCUCGUGCCAUUCACAACAUAUUCCGUAUGACGGAAUCCCAUCUCAUGGUCACCAGCAAGAACUUGAGGUUAAUAGAUCCUCAAACCCAAGUUACACGAACAAGUUUUGAACUUGCCACUGUGACACAGUUUGCUGCUCAUCAGGAUAACAGGCGACUGAUCGGCUUUGUGGUCCAUCUCAGUGAGACUCUGGGAGAAGAAUCCAUGAGUGCAUAUAUUUUUGAGAGCAACACAGAAGGGGAAAAGAUUUGCUAUGCUAUUAGCUUGGGAAAAGAAAUCAUUGAGGCACAGAAGGUAAGUUUGUUUCAUUCACCUGUCUGUGUUGUGAUACAUCAUGGUCUGCUUUCGGUUGCACCAUCCAGGUACCUCUG